AUGAAUUGUUAUAAGAAAGAAAUCACAAAAAAUUGGUUAUAUUAAGAAGAUAAAUAUAUAGAAAAUAUAGUUGGUGCUUUUGAAGUAAUAAAAUUACAUGAAGAAAGAUCAGUAUAAGCUGGAAAUGCUCGUUAAAAGAUUACAGAAUAACUCUAAAAAUAUAUUGAUGAAGAUCCAGAAGAUUUACCUUAACAUUUAAGUACAUAACAUGUUCUUUCACUUGAUGAAUAAUUACUAGAUUAUCCAUGUUAUAAGAAAGGUGGAAUAUUUGGAUCUGUAACAUAAAGAUAAUGUUAAUUAUAAAAAACUACUCUUGGAUAAUCUAAGAAAGGUAAUGUUAUUAUAAAAACAUUUGGUGUCAUUAAAACAUUUUAUAUAUAACAUCUUGAAGAUGCUAAUAAGGAUUUUAAAUGGGAUGUAAGUUAUCAAAAGUUUCCUGUAAGAAUCAUGUUCAAUUUUGUUAAACAUAGUCCUGUAUGGUUAUAUUUUAAGGAUGAUGAGGAAGCCUAGAAAUAUUAUGAUUAUUUUAAGUGUCAUAUUGCUAUGAAUAAAAUUCAAAAAUUACCCAUUAUUAUUUAAGAAUCAACAUCACUUGUAAAAGAGAAUUAUUUUUUAUUAUUUGCAUAAAAAUUAGAAACAUAUUCAAUACAUGUUAUAUAAUAAAGAAAGAAGGCUGCCAAAUUAGGGAAAGAUGAAGCUAAAUUUUUAAUGGAAAUUGAUAUCAAAAUUAUAAGGAAUAUUUUAUAGAAGAAAUGGUUAAGUAAGAGUGUUUAAUUCUUCAAAAGAGAAGAGAGAAUGAAUUAAUUAGCUGAAGAGGAGAGAAAGAAAUUAGAUUAAAUUAGAUAAGAAGAUGAAAAUAAAAAAAUGAAAUGGCGAUAAUUUCUAGGAUCCAAAUCAGUACUUAAUGUUGAAUUAGCAGAGUGGUUAAGACCUAUGAUGGCAGAUUGGUUAGAAAAAAGUGAAGAAAUAUAAAACACUUAAAAAGUAAGAGAAUUAGUCUUUACAAUACUUAUCAAAUCAAUUAAUAUUGCUGUUGAUAUUAAUUUAAUUAAGCCAACACUAUUUGUAGAAUUAUAAUCAGUGGAAUAAGAUUCUAAAUUAACAAUGGAAGCCUAUUUAGGAUAACAAAAAACGGAUCAUUUUUAUAAUUGGUUAUUGAGGGAAUAAAAUUUUGAGAAUAAAAUCAUAUCUAAAUAAUAAGAGAGAAAACCAUGCUCUUUCAUUAUUUCAAAUAUAAAUAAUUAAGAUCAAUUUUAAAUAUAAUUCAAAGACAUGGUCAAUGCUUUCUAUGAUACAGCUACUAUUCCUUUCAAAAUUAUUGUUAAAGAAUUACUUCAAUAAUCUUAAUAAGGAAGAUCCAUGUGGAUACCUUUAAAAUUAGUAUAAACAAAUUCAUUAAAAACUGAAUCUAAAGAGAGUAUCAUUUAUGUAGAAAUUGAUAUACAUGUUAAACCUUCAAUUAUGAUGCAUAAUCCUUAAUCUUAUGAGGAAGAAUUAGAAUAUAUAGUUGAACAUAGUCUAGCUUUUUCAGAUCCUAUUUAUUUGAGUACUAUUUAAAUUCCAAAAAUGAAUAAGGAUAUCAUGAAAUUUAUUCUUAUAACAUUAGAAGAAAGUAACAUUUGUAUGAAAUAGAGUAUGUAAAUGUUAAGCUAUAUCUUAUUCUUAUAAUAAAAGAAUCCUGAAACUCUUAAUAAAUAAAUGCAUUAAUUAUAAAUGGUAUUUAUUAGAAAGGUCAUUUUAAAUUUGUGUCAUAAUUUUGGUCUAAUGGAAAAAUAAAUCAAACAAUAUGAAUUAGUUUCAUAUCGUUUAGAAUCUAUGAAUUUCUACAAUAUAAAAAAUCCACAAGUACAAGAAUUAGUUAAUGGACUCUUUUUAAUGGGGAUUCCCUAUUAUUUAAGAAAUAAAUUAUGGUUUCAAUUAUUAUAAAUAUCAUUUGAUCCUAUUAAAAAAGUCUUGAGUUAAAACUACAAAGUUAAUCUUGAUAGAGAGGAUGGUAUGAAUGAAAGUGUUUCACUUUAUUUCAAAUUAUCUCAACUUAAAUAAAAUUUAAAAAAAACACUACUUUAAUAAAUAGAUAUCUAUUUGAGAUAAGAAGAUAGUCGAAAAGGAUUUGGUAAUGAAUAAUUUUAUCAUCAAUUAAAGAAUCUUCUAAUAAGUUUCUUAUUGUAUCAAGGUAAUUAAGGAUUGAUCCCAAACUAGAUAUAUAUUCAUCAUCUAUUCACUUUUGCUAAAAAAAUGUUAGUCAUGUAAAUCUAUUAUCAUGUCAGAUAUAAUGAUUACACUGAAUUUGCUAAUGAAACUAAAUAGACUCCUUCUGAUUUAAUUAAUGAAAGUAGAGCAUUCUGGCUUUUAGUUGGCUUUCACAAUUAAGUUCUAGCUGAUUAUCCAUUAUAUGAAGAUUAGACCUUAUAAAAUAGAUUAUUCUUAGAAUAAUGUGCUAAAUUAAGAGUCUAUCUAAAUAAAAAACAUCCAGACUUAUUUCAUAAAAUGUUCUUAUAUGGAAUUGAAGUAGAAAAUGAAUUAUUUGAAUUGUUCUUUAAUCUUUUUUCUGAUGUCCUACCAUCAGAAACUCUUUAUAGAGCAUGGGAUCUCAUUAUUUAUUAAUAAUAACAAUCAAUCAGAGCUACUUCUGAAAGAGGAAAUAUCAUUAUUUCCAUAACUGCUGCUCUCUUAUUAAGAGUGCAUAAGAAAAUCAAUAAUAUCUCCAAUCACUUGGCCUUCUUAGCUGCAAUUAAAGUAGAAGCUAUGUUGAUUAAUGAUGUAACUGAAUUCCUUACUGAAGUACUAUAAGUCUAGAAAGAUUUGAAUUUAGCUGUUUAAAUUGAAUAUUAAGAAGAAGGACCACCUAAAUUAGAACCUUAAGUAGAAUAUAAAAGUAUCUAUAUUAUUAUAGUAUUCUUUAGUUAAGUCUGAUUAUAGAAUAUUUGAUGUUCUAGACGAAAAGCAUCCUAAAGGGUCAUAAUAAAUGCAAGUGUAUUAGUAUUUAAAUUUUAUUGAUUUUUGA